UGGGGCAUGUGAAGGGCCUGAAAAGUGAUGCAGAGGUUGCUCUCUUUCUGUUGGACUGAUCAGCUGGAGGGAACAUUACAAUUCCAGUGUAUGUGGACUGUGGAAAUGGACAAGUUGUCACAUCCUUAUCAACAACUGAGAUGAAUCCUGGUUAUCGUUUGGAAGUUCUGAUGUCUCUCAGACACACACUAGUCCAGACUGUCCAUCUGCUCCAUGCUCCCUCAUGAAGCUGUCAGUAAGCCACUGCAAAUGCAGUUUGUAGCUGUCGCUAACAGCCCAGACAUGCCGGCAAUAACACAGCUGAGGACCCAUGAGCAGCCCCCUCACCCAGGACUCAAGAGAGUCCCUGUACUCAGCCAUCAAUGACAUUAAGUCUCUGAAAGAUCAGAACAAAUCUCUGAUGACUGAGAAUAUUGAACUCAAGAAAGAGCUGACCAACAAGGACAAAGCUCUAGAAAGGGCCAAAACCGCCAAUAGUGUGCUCAGUUACGCAUCAGAGGAGUGGAGAACGAGAUGUGAGGUCAUGGAGAAGGGCCUCGCCGCCAACAUGUUACAGCUGUAGGAGCUCAACAUCAAACUGCUAGAGCAGAAGCAGGUGUUGACCAACAGGUAGGUGGAGGUGAGCCGUCUCCAAGAGGAGCUUCAGGAAAAAACUUUCCUCCUCAAAAUGGAAAUACAAAAACAUCAGGCUACAACCAAAGCCCACAUAGAGACCCUGCAGCAGCUGUCUGGCAAAGAAACCAAGCUCAGCAGGAUUGAAGGACAGUGGAAGAGCUGGUGUGACUGUCUGGAAGACAGCCAUGUCUCCAACUCCACCCAGCUGCAGGAGCUCAACAUCAAACUACAAGAGCAGGAGCAGGUGUUGACCAACAGGCAGGUGGAGGAAGUCACUAAACUUGUGGCUCAGGGGGAGGAGAAAAAGAAGGAGGAGAAGAAGUUUGAGAAGAAAAGGGACGAAGAGAGCACAAAGAUGGACAAUGAUGUGGAGGAGGUCCGGCCCAUGGUGACAGGAGCCCAGGAGUCCUUAUCCCAAAUCCCAUGUCCUCCAGGUCUGUUGGGACAGAUGCCAGGUGGCAUUUACAUUCCCUUCAGCAUGUUCUGGAUCUGCGAUGUGUUCUUCACUUGGUUGGAUACGCCCAGAAUACCUCCGCAGUGACUGCGGCGUAUGCUCCCGGUGCAUGUGCUUAGAAACCUCGGGAACAGAGUCCUGUGUUUUGGAUGAAAACACAUGGCUAAUAGAGUCGCUGACUGUCAGGCUGCCAAGUCAGGCAAAAUGCCUCUAGAAGGCCUCCAUGAUGAACCUGUCAAAGCUCUCUCCCUCUGUCUCCCACUCUCUUUCUUUUCUGCCUCUCUCUAAUCAAAAAGCCAAACCAUGCAGACAGCUCAGAGCAAAUAACAAGUCACUCCCCAUGGAUGUUUGAAGAUGACGGAGCGACCGGGGCGACGAGGGAGGAAAUACACUCUGAUCGUUCCCGGUCUUCAAGCCGACACGAUAUUUCAACCCAUAAAUUUGCACCAGUAUUAUUUUGAUAUUGUUGUUUUUGUUGUCAUCCAUGGAUAACGAUGUGGUCAUAUUUGUAUUGUAACAGUGGAUAUGGACUGUCUUUCAAAUAUGUAGUGGACAUCCCCAAAAUACUUUACAUUUCUAAUUGUGUAAAAUGGUAGAUAGUUAAAUAAAGAUCAAGUCAGUCAGGAAUGCCUGAGUUUUUGGAUUUGGCCGACAAAUACUUAAUUUAAACAACAAAAUCAGUUUAACUAAAAGCCUUUCUUCAAUCUUUUGUCUGUUCAUUUGUUAAAUUAAAACACAACACUAUUUUUGGCACUGAGCAAAAGCACAGAGUUAACAUUUGAACUCUCAUUUUGAUGUGCCCAGAACAUGAGCUAAUGUAAGACCAGCUUUCA